GGUUGACUGGAGAAAUAGGAAGUGCUGUUUAGUAGUAGCGGCUUACGGGUUAACCCUGGCAUCUGAUGACAUUUAAUCAAGGGCUUCUGACAGUUUGUCUAAUGGUUAGUCGAAAUAUAAUGGGGUUCUGUUUCAACGUUACGCAUCAGUAGUAGAGGAUGGUGUCUCCUUUCUAAAAAUUAAUGCACACGAUAGCCCGAAUCCCUAGCUAACGUUAGCUACCGUGUUAGCCACCGGCUAAUCAUAACAGUCCCGAGUCUUGAGUUCUGUUCUUGGUUGGUUGAAUAACGUGCGUAAUAAUAAUCGGUAUCACACUAUAUGGCAUUAUUUGCAAUGGGAGUGAAUUGGUAGUUUGUCAUACGAUCUUUAUGAAGGACACAACGUGUCAACGUCGGACCAAACGAACUGGAUGUUCUGCAAUAGCAAUUUCCAAAGCUACAGCUAGCAGCUUGUAAGCUUGUUUCCAGUACAACGAUGGGCUGCGAGAGGUUGUAUAACUCAGCGAAGUUACUGUGUGUCUUCAGCAUUGUUCUGGUUGUCUUGGCUAAAGGGAUUACUGCUGAGGAAGAUCAAUAUGGAAAUGAAGUUUCAGAGUUAAAGUCCUACCAUGACCCUGAGAAUGAAGAAGAAAGUGAGGCAGUAAGGUCAAGAGUUGUAGCGGGGGGCAGCGUGUCCUCUACGUCCACGUCUGAGCAGCCAGACCCCCUGGAUGACCGGCUGGAGGGGGAGGAACGAGAGGACUUGCCUGACCAGCCUCCCCCGAUCAUGGAGCAACCUAUAGAGAUUCCUGUGGUGAACGGGGGUACCGCCAACGGAGAGGCCUGCAUGUUCCCAUUCCUCUUCCAGGGCCAAGAGUACUCCCAGUGCACCACCGACGGGCGGAGCGACGGCAGGCUGUGGUGCUCCACCUCCUACGACUACGACCAGGAGAAGAGAUGGGGCUUCUGCGAGACGGAGGAGCAGCAGGAGCAGAGACAGCAGGCGGAGGAGGCGGAGGAGCUGUACCAGGCGGUCGUCCGCCUGCUCAACACCACCACCCGAAAGAGCCACAAGAAAGAGCUGUAUGAGAAGCUGCAGAAGGUGGCUGAGAAGGGCCACCACAAGGCCAUGGAGAAGGUGGCGUACGCCAUGCUGUUCGGAGACUACUUGGCCCAGAACGUGCCCAGAGCCAAGGAAAUGUUUGAGAAGCUGGCCAAGGAAGGGUCGCCCAAGGCCCAGACGGCACUUGGCUUCUUGUAUGCUGCAGGGCUGGGAGUCAACUCUAGCCAAGCAAAGGCCCUCGUGUACUACACCUUCGGAGCCCUGGGUGGAAACAUGGUGGCCCAUAUGAUCCUGGGGUACAGAUACUGGGGUGGAGUGGGAGUGCCCCAGAGCUGUGAAUCUGCGCUGACACACUACAGGCUGGUGGCCAAUCAGGUGGCCAGCGACGUGACCCUGACCGGGAGCAGUGCCGUGCAGAGGAUACGUCUGCUGGACGAGGUGGAGAACCCGGGCUCCACCAGCGGCAUGCUGGAGGAGGACCUGAUCCAGUACUACCAGUUCCUGGCUGAGAAGGGAGACGUCCAGGCCCAGGUGGGACUUGGCCAGCUCCAUCUGCACGGAGGACGAGGAGUGGAGCAGAACCACCAGAGGGCGUACGACUACUUCAACCAGGCUGCCAACGCGGGCAACACCCACGCUAUGGCCUUCCUCGGCAAGAUGUACUCUGAAGGCAGCGAGUUUGUCCCCCAGAACAAUGAGACUGCCCUGCAGUACUUCAAGAAAGCCUCCGACUUGGGUAACCCUGUGGGACAGAGUGGUCUGGGGAUGGCCUACCUGUAUGGAAGAGGUGUCCAAGUGAACUAUGAGCUGGCGCUGAAAUACUUCCAGAAGGCGGCGGAACAGGGCUGGGUGGACGGACAGCUUCAACUGGGCACCAUGUAUUACAGUGGUAUCGGCGUGAAGCGGGACUACAAGCAGGCGCUCAAGUUCUUUAACCUGGCGUCCCAGGCGGGCCACAUCCUGGCCUUCUACAACCUGGCCCAGAUGCACGCCACCGGCACCGGGGUCAUGCGCUCCUGCCACACGGCCGUGGAGCUCUUCAAGAACGUGUGUGAGCGCGGCCGCUGGUCGGAGCGUCUGAUGGGGGCCUACGCCGGCUUCAAGGAGGGCGACGUGGACGCCUCUCUGGUCCAGUACCUGCUGCUGGCCGAGCAGGGCUACGAGGUGGCCCAGAGCAACGUGGCCUUCAUCCUGGACCAGACCGAAGGGGCCCAGGUGUUCCUGGAGAAUGAGACGUACCCGCGGGCCCUGCUCCACUGGACCCGGGCCGCGGCUCAGGGCUACACGGUGGCCCGGAUCAAGCUGGGGGACUACCACUUCUACGGCUACGGCACGGACGUGGACUACGAGACGGCCGUCAUCCACUACCGGCUGGCGUCGGAGCAGCAGCACAGCGCCCAGGCCAUGUUUAACCUGGGCUACAUGCACGAGAAGGGCCUGGGCAUCAAGCAGGACAUCCACCUGGCCAAGCGCUUCUACGACAUGGCGGCGGAGGCCAGUCCGGACGCCCAGGUGCCCGUCUUCCUGGCGCUGUGUAAGCUGGGCCUGGUCUACGCCCUGCAGUACCUGCACGACCUCAACGUGGACGAGCUCCUGACCCAGGUGGACCUGGACCAGAUCCUGGGCCCCGAGUGGGACCUCUACCUCAUGACCGUCAUCGCCCUGAUGCUGGGCACCGUCAUCGCCUACCGCCAGCGCCAGCACCAGAUGGUGGUGCCCCCCCGGCCCCCGGCCCCCGCCCAGGCCCCGGCUCCUACCCCACCCCCGGCCCCCCAGGACCAGGACCAGGACCAGCAGCAGCAGCAGCCAGACCAGGCCUUGCCCGAGCAGCCCGCAGGAGGGACUGAAGGGCCUGCUCCGGACGCACCGCCAGAGCCAGAGCAGCAGCUUUGAGGGAGAGGAACACACACACACACACACACACACACACGACACACGACACACGACACACACACACACAUUCACAUUCACAUUCACAUUCACAUACACACACCGCACAGAGGGAAGCCAGCAAGGGACAGAAAUCAAAAGGCUGUGGAACACAGGGACUGCGCUAAGCCCCGCCCCUUCCCCCAUGGAUUAGCCGUCGCUAACCUGCUAGCGACCAGCUAGCGCAUAGCAUAUUCCCCCUGACCCUUAAACUGCUUCCCUCCGCAUGAAAACGAGAAAAAGAAGUCUAGAAAUGUUAUGCUGGGUUUUUGUCGCUAUUCACCAUUUGGGAAUUUUUAAGUAGGAGGCAGAAAAUAAGUGCGCGUGUGUGAUGAUCCCACUAUGGACAUCGGAAAGGGAAAACACAGACUUUGGACUUGUCAGUUUGUGACUCUGGGUUUUUACCCUGCCGACCUUCUCUCUCCCUCUCUCCAUCUCUCUCUCCUCUCUCCUCUCUUCUCUCUCUAUAUCUCUUUCUCUCCAUGGAAUCAGCCACAGAUCAACGGGUCCCUGUCCGAUCUUUGGGACAAAUAAAAUAAUUUGGAAUCGGUUCAGUGGUGCUUGUAUUUCACUUCCUUCUCCCCUCCUAAAAGGGACCUAUACUGCCACAGUUUUACUUUGUUGUGGGGUAUUUUUCCUCCCUCUCUCUCUUGGGAGAGUGAACUCAAGUCAGUCACGCUCUAUGGCGUCAUGAUAUAGUCUUCUUACAUAACGUGGUCUUAUCUUACUGCAUGUUUUUUGCUGAAUUUUGCGCUUCAUUUUGGAAUAGACCGUUUUGUUUGGGUAAAACUUUCUGUACGUUUGGAUGAAAGAACAAGUUCUCUCAUGGCGAAAACACCUCUCGGCACAUUAUUUUAUCUCGGCACAAUCAAAUUAAUUAUCAUUUGUAUAAAUUGAAAUAUAUUGACUUCUGUUCAAUUUAGAUUCUUACCUAGAGGAUAAGUUAACACUGGAAUUAAUGAGGACCGCUAGAUGUUCUCUUAAAGCCAUUUCUCUGUCAGCAAAACAAAUAUUGGUGGUUGUGGAAGAAAUACAUUAUGGAAUGUACGAAAUUAACCUUUUUAGACUCUUGGGAAUAUAGGUUGCUAAUUGUGUCUUGGUUACGUUGAGUCAUCUCGUGUGUGUGUGUGUGUGUUUGUAGACUUUUCAGUGCAAGAGAAUCCUUGCUCUGCAUAAUGUGCUGUGUGCCUAUCAGAGUGUGUUGGCUUUGAACCACAGUUCAAAGGUCACCAAGGGAUUAAUUGAAUUCAAGAUCGCUUCCUGUGGCUCUGAAGUUUCCUUUGUGGCGAGUGCUUAAUUCUUUUUAUUGUAUUUUUUUUUUUGUCACAGCUUGUUGUGGCCAAUUUGUUUCUCCUUUUUCUUCCUCAUGCACAAAUGCGUGGAGCAGGCCUCUUCAUUAAUAUGGUGGCAUGCAAUG